AACCAGGAAAUUUCUAUUUUAUUUAAAAAGUUGAACGUCCAACAUAAAUAAGAGUUGAACUCAGGCAAGAAGUUGUAUGUACGAGUACUUUUAUUGCGUGUUUGUGUGUGUUUAAUUGAGAAAGAGAUGGCUGAAAAUAAGCUCUAUGAUGCAGCAGUGAAAGGGGAAGUAAAAUCUUUGCUCGAUUUACUCAAAGAAGAUCCGUUGAUUCUUGAUAGAGUUUCGUUUACAUGUUCCGACAAGACUCCUUUACACAUAGCAACAAUAUUCCAACACACGGCCUUUGUCCAAGAAAUUCUUCGAAGGAAUCCUCUGCUUGCUGCGGAACUAGAUUCCCACCAAUCAUCAUCUCUUCACAUAGCAUCAGCUAAAGGCUAUGCUGAAAUUGUAAAAGCAAUAGUUUCAGCUGCACCUGAUAUGUGCUUAGCCCGUGAUUGCCAUGGCAGAAAUCCACUGCAUCUCGCGGCCAUUAAUGGUCAAGUCAGGGUCUUCAAUGAGUUGAUCAAGACGAGUUCACUUGCUGUCCGGGAGAAGGCGGACCGGGGCCAGACCCUUUUGCAUUUGUGUGUGAAACACAAGCAGUUGCAGGUUAUGGGAAUCAUAUUGUGGGUUAUAAAUGAUUAUGAGUUCGUUAACGCGAAGAAUGAUGAUGGGGAUACAAUAUUGCAUCUUGCCGUUAGGACUAAACAUAUUGAGACAGUCCAGUAUUUAAUAGGAAAUACGGGCAUAGAUGUGAAUGCAAAAAAUGCAAAUGGCUACACAGCAUUGGACAUUUUGGAACUAACUCCUACAGAGUUGAGGGAUACUGAUAAUUAUUUGUCCAUUAAGAACUGUCUUCAGCCUAAAGCCUUCGACUCCAUCAAUCCUCGAAUUCAGCCAAUCAAAUGGCUAACAAAGAAGCGCGAUGCCAUAAUGGUGGUGGCAAUUCUGAUUGCUACAAUGGCAUUCCAAGCUGGGGUGACCCCUCCGGCUGGUGUCUGGCAAGACGAUGCAACAGAUAAUUCUCACAAAGCCGGAGAAGCUAUAAUGGCACAUAUUCAUCCCAUAGCAUAUGAGAGGUUCAUUCGUGCAAAUACUAUAGCCUUCAUUUCAUCUCUUAGUACGAUCCUACUCUUAAUAAGUGGCUUGCCUUUUCGGCGCAGGUUAUUUAUGUGGAGUUUGAUGGUGAUUAUGUGGUUAACAGUAACUUCAACUGCAGUUACUUAUGCAGUAUCCAUUGAUGUAUUUACACCAAAAAAGGAUAAGAAAUCACUGGGCCAUGUUAUUCAGAUUGGACUCAUUGUAUGGUGUAGUGUGAUGGGAAUUCUGCUUGUUGGGAACACUGUUAGGUUGCUUGACUGGUGGCUGCAGAAACGAGGAAUAACCGUAUGGAGGCCAAGAAGAUUUAGACAUUUGGUUAAAGUAAAUAACCGAAAUGUUAACCAAGAAGGUGCUUGAGUGAAUUUGAUAUGAAUUUUAGUUUCUUUAGUGAUAUCAAGGGACUAAUGUGCAGUUUGUGAAAUUCUAUUUAUGUCAAAACAUAUUAUGAGUUGUACAUGCCAAAUGAAAAUUGGACCAGAAUAUCCACUUCAGUUUUAUGGAUAUUCUACUCAAUGUAAGAAUGAGUAGUCUGUUUUGUUGGACUAAAUUGGGAUAUCUUAUUCAGUCAUGAUCAAUGAAUUUUCUUAGUUUACCCUUCCUU